CGGCGGAGUUGGGGUUUCCACAUACCACUCCCGAUGACUCCUGCUCCGAUUACGAUUGCUCAAAAUCGUACGCCUGGAUGGGAUACACCUUGGUCCGCUCAAGCCUCCAUUACGAACGUAAACGUAUCCCCUGACUCUUCGCCAGGCGAAAAGCGAACCAAGUGGUAUCAUCGACGGAAAAGAUUAAGAGCGUUCAUGCUAACUAAUAAUUAUGUACCGUUGCUGUUUCGCGUAAUCAACAUGACCUUGACCACCGCUGCACUGGCUGAGGCAAUAAAGAUCCGACAGAAAGAACAGAGGUACGGGAUUAUGGGUGCUGUAGGGAGCUCUCCAACUCUUGUAAUUAUAUUUGCGCCGCUCACACUUGUACAUGUCAUGGCGGCAAUAUACCUUGAAUACUUCGGCCGCCCACUAGGCCUCUGGCGCACCUCCCUCAAACUAUUCCACACUCUUUCCGAAACAGUCUUCAUCUGCCUCUGGUCCGCCGCCCUCUCCCUCUGCUUCGACAACUUCUUCACCUCCGUCAUCGGCUGCGCACCCUCCUCCUCCACAUCAUGGUACAACGAAAUCCCACGUACUACUCCCGAUAACCCCAACUUGGGUAGAACGGAGGGAUUACCGGGGGAUUAUAUCUGCGAUAGUCAAGUCGCGCUUAUUUGUUUGGUGUUUUUAGGGUUGAUUAUGUAUUGUUCGAAUCUUGUGAUUAGUUUGUUUAGGAUUUUUGAGAAGGUUAAGUCGUUUAAUCAGGGGUCUUUCCUUCCAAGAUGACGAAAUAACAAGUAACGAGUUUUCUUAAUUAUUUAAUUUUAUUGGAUUUUACACACGGCGCUUUGUUUUCUUUCUUUUUCUUUACAUGGACGUUAUGGACAUUCUUUUUGUAUUUUUCUCUCGUAAAUCGGGCUUUCUUUUUUCUCAACUCUUUUAUACAUGGUAAUAUUUAUUUCGCAUUCGGGUAAAGCGCAAUUCUCAUUUCAACAUGUACACGUCUUGGCUUUCUCUUUUCUUUUCCUUUUUUCUUUUUUCUUUUAUAUCUUUGGGACAUUUUCAAGGUCAACUUCAACUUCGAUUUCGAUUGCAAUAUGCCUUCAAUAUGCUUCCUUCAUUAUGCAAACAUGUACCUGUUAUACUAGAACUAUCUGCACUUG